UAACAUUAAAUAGGAAGCAAUGUCAGCAGCGUGAGCGUCAAUGAAAUCUUAUCAGGCAGUAGGGGUCUUUCAGGAAACGUAACCGUUUCCAGUGGAAGCAAAUACCUACACUGCCCUCUACCCGCAGAAUGGCAGACGGGUGGACGUCCCACAGACAAAUCAGGGAAUGAGGCGACUAAGGUGCGCGCCCGUUCAAACUCGGCAGAGUCGUGGGUUGCAGCUUUGGGAAGCGAGCGUAAUCGAGAAGGAAGCAAAAGAAUCAGCAGGCAAGAUGCAUCAGCCACUUCCGAUAGAAACAAGGCGAAAGAAACUGAAAACGCCAUGGACAUCACAUCACUCGCAUCGCCCUCACAUCAACCCCUAUAUGCCGAUUCUCCACCUCUGAUCCCAGAACCAGUUGAGCACAUUCACCUCACUCCCUCUGUUUCUAUCACACCCGUACCCACUACCGUCAACAAGGCUGUCAGACCCUGCCAACUCGAUUUAUCGGGUCCAGUUAGGCCUAUGAGGCACCUGAGACCUCCCAACGCGAAUAUCGAGUCACCUAUUAGGAGGUCCUUAUCACCGAAUUUGGAGGAUAAACCAGUUGUAGUAAAAAGGAGACCUAAAAAUACUAACAUCGCUGACGAUGAAAGAGCAAUGCGACGGGAAUCCUACCUUAAGGCUACCGAAGGAGGAAGGAUGCAUAUUGACAGUGAUUUCAGUGAUGGAGGCGACACCUCACCACAAGCACUGAGAAGUGCGCACAGAAGGUGGCGACCUCCACUUUUUCCCGGCGACAUACAGCAACUCCGUAAGCUGUUUGAGGACGCUGCCUCCUCAUUGGGUGGUAGCGCCAGCAGCAGUAGUGCCUCUUUGGACAGGGAGAAGGCGUCAGGAAGUCCCGUCCCUCUCGAUAAGGAUAACUACGGCAUUGUUAGGGAAGGAAUACUACAUUGUAAAAUUUUGGAAAUUGACGGCAAGCGUGCUGCUGAUCGUUCAUGGAAACAGGUGUUCGUAAUACUGAAAGGGCCCAAAUUGUUCGUAUAUAGAGACAGAACCUCUCAGCAGUAAGCAACAGGCAGUGCCACAGAUGGUACCAGCCUCAACAACUAUCCAGGUGCAAGGAAGUCAUCUGUCUCCACAGUUGAAUAAAUCAAAAACUGCAAGUUCACGGAAUCGUUCCCCAACUGGUCAAUCUCCUGUUAGCAAGAGUAGGAAACCAUCCCAACUUCCCAAUUCCUCAUCAACGAGUCCUAAAUCGAAAACGUGGCGAGGAAGGAUGGUGAAACAAUUCAGAAAAUUCAAUCAGGGAGGAAAUAGUCCAAGUUCCCCUACAGCACCAGAAGGAUCUACUUUUGGUAUACCCAUAGAGGAUUGUUUACCAUCAUCAAGUAACGUGUACUUACCGAGGUUAGUCGAAGUUUGCACUGAUAUCAUUGAUGAGAGAGGAUUGCAUACUACCGGUAUUUACCGAGUGCCAGGAAACAAUGCUUCCAUAACUGCCCUUACUGAGGAAAUCAACAGAAAUUAUGAAGAAUUACCUUUGGAAGAUCCUAGGUGGUCUGAUCUGCAUGUGGUUAGCAGCUUGUUAAAGUCUUUCUUAAGGAAAAUGCCGGGUUCCUUGAUAACAGUCCGACUUUCAUCAAGAUUCAUUGAAGCUGAUAAAAUAGAGGAUCCCAAAGAAAGGAUGGAACAAUUGCGUAGGUUGCUGGGAGAAUUACCCAAGCAUAAUUAUCACACUCUCAAACACAUCAUCAUGCAUCUGAAGAGGGUGGCAGACAACUGUGAAGUGAACAGGAUGGAUGCGAAAAAUCUAGCAAUUGUUUUUGGACCAACUAUAGUUCGACCCGAAGAAGAAAAUAUGGAAAGUAUGGUGCACAAUAUGAACAAUCAGGUCAAUAUUGUGGGAACUUUAUUGGCUCAUGCUGACUGGUUCUUUCCUGAAAAAGAAAAUGAAGAAAAUCUUCCUGUUCCAAUUGGUGUCCGUGGCAGCGUUGAAGAUUUGGAAUCCGCCCACAAUCAAGCUUUGUUAUUGCAUAAUAUUAGCAAAUAUGAAGCUUUAAAGGACCAGAAAGAAAAGAAUGGUGCUCUAUUUUCUUCUAUAAUAUCUGCUGCGCAACGUAAAGUGAAACGAAAACCCAACAAAGGAAACUCAUUACUGGAAUCUAAAGAUGAGACCGUAUCACCAACAGUUAUCAAAGCUUUUCCAAUGCAGUCUUAUUCUCCCUCUGAUCUCAAAGAA